AGCGCAGCGCAUGGAGCCCGGCGGGGACCACCGGAGCCGGAGCGGCGGCGGCAGGGGCGGCCCCGGGCCAGCAGCGGCCUCGGCACGGGGCCGACCGCUGCCGCCCGCCGGAUCGAGCGGCGGCGCGGAGCCCGAGGAGGACGACGGCGGGCCAGAUCUUCAGCUGGAAGGGGGUGCCUUGGGGUCCUGGGGGAGUGCCCCCCUGCCCUCCUCCAGGGCCAGGGGACCAGCAUCUUCAGGCAGGAAAUACUCAGACCACUGUGAGGCCCGGGCCUCGAGGCCUGGAAAGAGCCGCAUCCCCGGCCGUGACCACCGGCGCUACUACCACGAACACUGGCGGCUGGAGUACCUGAUGGACUUCAACCCUGCCCGGCACGGCAUGGUGUGCAUGGUGUGCGGCAGCUCCCUGGCCACUCUCAAGCUCAGCACCAUCAAGCGGCACAUCCGUCAAAAGCACCCCUAUUCCCUGCACUGGAGUCCCCGGGAGAAGGAAGUCAUCAGCAACAGCUGGGACGCCCACUUGGGGCUGGGGGCCUGUGGAGAGGCCGAGGGCCUGGGGGCCCAGGGGGCUGAGGAGGAGGAGGAGGAGGAAGAGGAAGAGGAGGAGGAGGGGGCUGGCCUCCAAGCUUGCCCACCCAAGGGCCCAGGCAAAGCCCCAGCUGGUGGGGGCAGCCGGCGCCAGCUGCGAGGGGGCCCAGUGGCACCCCGGGCUCGGCGUCGGCGCCUCUCGGCCUCCCGGAGGGCCGGGGGCAGCAGGGGGCUGGGUGCCCGGCGCCUGGAGCGGAGGCUGAAGGAGUCCCUGCAGAACUGGUUCCGGGCAGAGUGUCUCAUGGACUAUGACCCUCGGGGGAAUCGGCUGGUGUGCAUGGCCUGUGGCCGGGCACUGCCCAGCCUGCACCUGGACGACAUCCGCGCCCACGUGCUGGAGGUGCACCCCAGCUCCUUGGGGCUCAGCGGCCCCCAGCGCAGCGCCCUGCUGCAGGCCUGGGGCGGCCAGCCCGAGGCACAGUCCCAGCCCCCACCAGACGAUGACCUCGUCCCCCAGGACCUGACCAGAAAGAGCCGGGACUCCGCCCUCGCUGCUGGAGCCCCCUCCUCUCAGGAUCUCAGCCCCCCAGACGUAAAGGAAGAGGCUGGCUGGGUCCCUGAGAGGCCCGGGCCCGCAGAGGAGGAGGAGCUGGAGGAGGGCGAGAGGGUGGGGGUCCCGGGCCGGUCGCCGCGGGGCCGCCCCCGCCGCCGCCACUACCAGGAGCGCUGGCGGCUGGAGUACCUCAUGGAGUUGGACGGCGGCCGGCGCGGGCUGGUGUGCAUGGUGUGCGGGGGCGCGCUGGCCUCGCUCAAGAUGAGCACCAUCAAGCGGCACAUCCGCCAGCGCCACCCGGGCUCCACGCGCCUCAGCGGGCCCGUCAAGGCCCUCAUCGCCCAGGAGUGGAGCGAGAAGGCCGCCCACCUGCUGGCCCUGGGGCUGCCCUGCCCGGAGUCCCCCAGGGACCCCGCCGCCCCCGGCACCGCCCCCAGCACAGCCGCAGCCUCCGAGGAGGGGGGAGGGGCAGAGGAGGAGGAGCCAGAGGAGGAGGAGUGGUGGGGCGAUGUCCCGCUUUCUCCUGGGGAACCGUCGGAGCGGCCUGCCGAGGAAGAGGACGACGACGAGGACGGCCAGGAGCCCGGGGGACUCGCCUUCCCGCCGCUGCCCCCACCGCCGCCGCCGCCUCCCCCGCCGCCGCCGCCCCGCAGCCGGGAGCAGCGGCGGAACUACCAGCCGCGCUGGCGGGGCGAGUACCUGAUGGACUACGACGGCAGCCGGCGCGGCCUGGUGUGCAUGGUGUGCGGGGGCGCGCUGGCCACGCUCAAGGUCAGCACCAUCAAGCGGCACAUCCUGCAGGUGCACCCCUUCUCCAUGGACUUCACGCCCGAGGAGCGCCAGACCAUCCUGGAGGCCUACGAGGAGGCGGCGCUGCGCUGCUAUGGCCACGAGGGCUUCGGGCCGCCCGCCCCGGCGCCGCGCGACGGCGGCGCGGACCUCAAGGCGGGCGCCGUGUGUCGGGCGUAACGGACUCGCGGGCCGGGCGGGGCCGGCGCUCCGGCCGGGAGACCCUGCUUCCCGCCGCCCCGCCGCCGCCGCUGCCGCCGCCCCCCGC